GUUUUCUUGAUGAAAAUUUCAUCAUUCUUGCUGUGGAUAUUGUAAAACGUGUUUUUGUGAAAAUAUCGUAAAAGAUGGAAGAAUAUGCCAGGGAACCAUGGUAAGUAUGUUUCAUAUAACCAUUUAGAUGUAUUACUACGUUUGUAGACCUUUUUAAAAAUUGAUUUUGGCACUUGGUAGACUUUUUGCCAAAUAUGUGUCUUGUUAAUUAUAACCCAUUAAUUAAGCUGCACAGCUUCCCCAUUGACGAGUAAAAUCUUCUGGCGUUAGACAAGUAAAAAAAGAUAAAUAUGCUCAAUGGGUUAACACAUUAAUUUGCAAUAUGCCCGAAUAUCUAUUCACUGAUCUUGUUUUAGGCCGGCGAACAGCGAAUUUCGCCAGCGCUAAGAAGACAUUUGCCAGCCAUUUGCCAGAGGCUGUGUGUAAUUCGCCGGUACUCGCAGACAUAACAAGCUGAAAUUUUUAGGCCUGUCUUGCACUCGGACAAUAUACCAAAUAGACAAAGCUUGCAAGCCUUUGCCCACCACUCAACUCACAGCGCCCUUGAAGCUUAGACCUUCGAACCAUUCUUUGCAUACUCGCUUCGCUCAUCAAUUAAUAGCCGGAGCCUCAGUAGAGCAAAACAGUACUAGUAUUGGCCAUCAUGAUCAUCAGCACCCCCCUGAAUUUUUUGCACACCCCCCCCCCCAAAGAAAAAUGGGUCAUUCCAGAAAACAUCCAUACCACCCCCACAGAGGAAAUAGGAAGUUAACCCCCCCUACCCCCUUCGGAUGUCCUAAUACAUUUAAUAAUAAUAAUAAUAAUAAUUAUAUUUAUCCAGGAUACCCACAUCACUUACGUGUUUUUCAGUGGGGUCCUGCAUCAGAAUUACAAUUAUUUACAAUAUUAAUUAUUGUCAAUAUUUAAAUUGUACAAAAAUAUACAAAUAUAUACAUGCACGUUACAACGAUGAUAAAUAGACCAUUAAUUUAUAAUUCAUAAAAAUGUAAUUUAAUUUAGUCCGUAAGCAUGCAACAUGCCUCAAAUGGUAGGAUUUACUAUUAUCAGAAACAAUUUUUCCUCCCCUCCCCCUCCGGACGGCAGAAAUUUCCUCCGUGGGGAGAGUAUGGAUCUUUUCUGGAACAACCCAAUAUGAAAAUCCACCCUUGAAAUUAUUAUUAGCCAGGACUUCAAACAGAUACCUAAAGGGCUGUCUAUUGUUUUGUAAUGUGGCAUAUUGCAACUUAACACAUUGACAACUAACAAGAGAUACAGGCCAAUAGUCUGGUUUCAAAAAUCCAUUAACCAUUGAGUGCCGGCAUUCACACCUUGAUGAGUAAAGGCCCACAUUUCCACUCAAGAAAAAUUUCCCACGGACAGAAAAUUUUCCAAAAACAUUGUUAAAAGUUGAAAAUUCUAAACUUCAAAAUUUUAAUGGCAAGUUGGUCGUUAAGGGGGGGAGGGGGUCAUGGUCAAUGCCGUUAAAAUUAUUUUUCUUUAAUUAAUCGGAGCUUGCCGCUAAGGGGGAGGGGGCUGGGACCUUAAUGGCCAACUUGCCAUUAAGUGUGAUGCAACAACCUAUUUGUCAACGACCAAAUAAUGUCAUUUUUUCACUCUGAUAACUUCAGAUUGACUCACUUGACUGCACAAUAGUGAAAUCUUAGUGAAAUCGUAUCUAUUAUCUUUGUAGCCCAUAUCGUAUCGUUGAUGACUGCGGAGGUGCAUUUGCCAUGGGCGCAAUAGGUGGGGGAAUUUUUUCCUUUGUCAAAGGAUGGAGAAAUUCACCCUCGGUAAGUUGAACUACCAACUUGAAAACUGUUUAAUUAAACUACAUUUAUCAAUUAAUUAAGGAGAAAAAUAUUUUAUAGCUUUCUGUUUUAAUUAUUUUAGGGUCACAGAUUGCUCGGCAGUAUUUCUGCCGUUAAAACAAGAGCACCAGUUCUGGGAGGUUUGUGUCAUUUACUAAUUUUGGAAAAUAUAGGGGGUGGUCGCUUGCCUUUGCAUACACACACAAAGACUCUUUAAGAUCAUGUACUUCUGUUUCAAGACUCUUAAAGAUUGUGUACUUUAUUUUAGGUAAUUUUGGUGUAUGGGGAGGUCUGUUCUCUACGUUUGAAUGCUGUUUGAUGGGCGUCAGACGCAAGGAAGAUCCGUGGAACUCGAUUGGCAGCGGUGCUCUGACGGGCGCAGUGUUAGCUGCGCGAGGAGGUCCCUCGGCAGCUGUGUCUGCCGCAGCAAUUGGCGCCGUACUGCUUGCGUUGAUUGAAGGCGUCGGAAUAGCAAUCACGAGAAUGACGGCAGAACAGUUUAAACCAGGUACGAUUACCAUUAGCAUUUCUCUAGCACAAAUUUAUGUGGAUAUUAUCAAAUGUGCUUUGUAUCAACUAUUAUACGCUUACCUAAUUACAUACUUAGCCUAGAUUAAUUUAUCUUUACAACAAUAGGCAAUUCCAGUUUUUAGUUUAUGCCUGCAGGGGAUGAUGGGAAGUAAGGUAUCAUAGUGCUGAUUAUGCUGAAAAAUUUCAAUAAAAACUACCGAAACAACCGAAAUAUUUCAAUAUUUACAAGUAUAAGCUAUCACUAUGUGUUUACACCAUUUUUACUUUUUCAGCAUAAUCAGCAAUGUGAUACCUUACUUCCCAUCGUCCCCUGCACACAUAAACUAAAAGCUGGAAUUGCCUAUUGUGAUAUUACUUUCUUAACUGUCUUUAUCCUAUAACCCACCCUGUCAACUUUCCCUGUGGGAGGAAACCGGGCCCGAGAAAACCCACAAGGCCCUUGGUUGGGAAAUUAGUAGUACAGGUCAGGAAAAUUACAUGAGCUUUUAAUUUUUUACCAUUUUUUAUGGUCAGUGGUUUAAUAUUUCUUGUUUUUGUUUGAUUGUAGUUAUGCCUCAACCGCCCGACCCAGCGCAACUCCCCCCUAUGCCCGUACCCCAGGGUUUACCCCCUCCUCCACCAUCAGAAUUUGACCACCAACCACAGUACCACUAAGAGAAGAACACCCCCUCGCCCGUGUAUCCCACGUCUCCUUCGAACGUAACUACACUUGGUAGCUUAUCUAACUGACUAUAAAAUCUCAGGUCGGAGCGAUAUAAUUAUAGAAAUCAAUAAGCUGCCUUGCUUCAUACAAACCACAGCAGCUUAUUGUAGAUUAACGAAAAACGACCAGUUGAUUACAGUAUUUACCUGUAAACGGUCAAUGUUCAAAUGUAUACCAAAAAAUGGUCAGUAUUGAAAUGUAUACUGUACACUACAAAAAAUGUUGACUCAAAAAUUUGAGUAAAAUUAUGCCAUAAAAUAAUUGCUCAAAUGUAUAAGUAAAUUUGCUUAGUAUGUUUUAGUGGUGUAGUUUUUUUGACACGAAACGUCAAUUUUCAUAUAUUGCAUUAUUUGACAGCCGAGGUUUGGCAUAUAUACUGUAGAGGAUUUACACAGCGGCGCGAAGAUAUGACUUUUAUCUUCGAAUGGUGAAAACAAUAUUGUUUUUAACACAAGAAGAUAAAAGUCAUAUCUUCAAGCCAACGUGUAAUGUUCUGUUUAUUAUAUAGUCCCAAGCAAAAAAUUGUAUAAAUACUAAAAGUCACGUGAUCGAUAUCUUCACUAGUGAAGAUAUGGAAAAUAUCUCAUUGUGUAUUUUUCAAUAUCUCACUCUCUACUAUAUUAUAAAUAGAAAAUAAUGGCCAAUAAUCAAUAUAAGCUGCAAUGGUUUGGGUCUGAUCUACUUGAAAAGGAGUGAUGAUGACUGAACCCUCUUUAAAAAAGGCGUUCGUUCUUGUGUUUUAACUUAAAUAUUUAAUUUGCACAUAGUUCAGACACAAACCACAACGAACUAUUUAUCUUACUGAGAAAGAAACUUUAACUCAAUUCCUAAAUUUCAAGGCACAAUAAAUAUAUUGUAUCAAACGCGUGAAGUGCAAAAAACAUCUUUCAAGUUCAUCUUUAUUCU